AAUAGAGCGGUAGCGGUAGUAGUAACUCUCGUAAGUGCUGACUGUGUCGCAGUGCUGCAUCGCGGUGGCCAAGUGGGGAGGACAGGGAACUCGGGUCAAGAAGGAAAACUGCACAGCCUCCGCCGCCCACUGCACCUCAAUCUUCUGUUUCCAAAGAUUUCUUCCUUCAAGGUUUCUCUGGUGCUGUUUUUGCAAUGGCUGAUGGUGCAGAAAAUGAUAAGAAUAUAGAAAUAUGGAAAGUUAAAAAAUUAAUCAAGGCCCUAGAAUCCGCUAGAGGAAAUGGAACCAGCAUGAUCUCCCUAAUCGUUCCCCCUGGUGAUCAAAUAUCUAGGGUCAAUAAGAUGCUGGCAGAAGAAUAUGGAACAGCUUCAAAUAUUAAGAGCAGGGUGAAUCGUCAGUCUGUAUUAGCUGCAAUCACUUCUGCUCAGCAGAAGCUAAAACUUUACAACAAGGUCCCCCCUAAUGGGUUAGUGCUGUAUACUGGAACUGUAGUGACCGAAGAUGGCAAGGAAAAGAAGGUUACAUUUGCCUUUGAGCCUUUUAAGCCCAUAAAUGCUUCUUUGUACCUUUGCGACAAUAAGUUUCACACAGAGCCUCUAAGUGAACUCUUAGAAUCUGAUGAGAAAUUUGGAUUUAUUGUCAUGGAUGGAAAUGGAACCCUGUUCGGAACCUUGAGUGGCAACACCAGAGAAGUACUUCACAAGUUCACAGUUGACCUUCCAAAAAAGCAUGGAAGAGGUGGGCAAUCAGCUCUUCGUUUUGCACGUCUUCGAAUGGAGAAGCGCCACAAUUAUGUAAGGAAGACUGCAGAGCUUGCAACACAGUUCUUUAUUAAUCCUGCCACUAGUCAGCCAAAUGUGUCGGGGUUAAUACUUGCUGGAUCAGCUGAUUUCAAAACAGAGCUAAGCCAAUCAGAUAUGUUUGAUCCACGCCUCCAAGCAAAGAUACUUAAUGUGGUAGAUGUAUCAUAUGGUGGGGAAAAUGGUUUCAAUCAGGCCAUUGAACUAUCUGCCGAAAUUUUGGCAAAUGUGAAAUUCAUACAAGAAAAGCGCUUGAUAGGGAAAUUUUUUGAGGAAAUCAGUCAGGAUACUGGAAAAUAUGUGUUUGGUGUGGAUGACACGCUAAAAGCUUUGGAAAUGGGAGCUGUGGAAACACUUAUCGUGUGGGAAAAUCUGGAUAUCAAUCGCUACACUGUUAAAAACAGUGCGACUAACGAGAUUGUCAUAAAACAUUUGAACAAGGACCAAGAGGCGGACCAGAGCAACUUCAGGGACGCAACCACGUCCAGUGAAUUGGAGGUUCAGGAAAAGAUGCCAUUGCUGGAGUGGUUUGCUAACGAAUACAAGAAGUUUGGUUGCGUGCUCGAGUUUGUGACAAACAAAUCUCAAGAGGGAUCUCAGUUCUGCCGAGGAUUUGGUGGCAUUGGUGGAAUCCUUCGCUACCAGCUUGACAUGCGAUCUUUUGAUGAGCCAUCUGAUGAAGGGGAGCUCUAUGAGGAUUCAGAUUGAGCUUCGUCUGCCUGCUCCUUCUGAUUGGAAUUGGGAGAUGAAUGUUGUAAGGUCUGCAGUUAGCCCCAUGAGUUUUGGAUGUUGUAUUACAACUUUGAUUAAAGAGUUUUGCCUAAAGAUGUUUACAUUUGGUUGUUUGGACUUGUGUUGGAAGAUUGCAUUUUGCUAGAGUAAUGCAAAUUGGCAAUUCUUGUUGAAUGGACCUGUAUGCCCUAAUGUUUGUCUGAGUUUGCAGAAGAUGAUUUUAAAUUGUUAGCUUCAA